AUGUCUUCACAGUCCAGCAAAACGUUGGCAGGGAAGACUCUAUUCAUAACAGGAGCCAGUCGUGGAAUUGGGAAAGCUAUAGCAUUGAAGGCAGCGAGAGAUGGAGCUAACGUUGUCAUAGCAGCAAAGACAACAGAACCACACCCCAAGUUACCAGGCACCAUUUACACAGCAGCCAAGGAAGUGGAGGAAGCUGGAGGGGCGUGUCUAGCGUGUCAGGUGGACAUCCGAUAUGAAGACCAAGUUAAGUCAGCCGCGGAGAAAGCAGUAGCAAAAUUUGGAGGGAUCGAUAUCCUGGUUAAUAAUGCUAGCGCUAUCAGCAUGACCGGAACACUUGAAACCGAGAUGAAGAAAUUUGACUUGAUGACGGAAGUAAAUGGACGGGGCACGUUUCUAUGUUCAAAAAUAUGUCUUCCCUACCUGAUGAAAAGUGACAACCCACAUAUCCUCAAUAUCAGUCCCCCUCUCAAUCUCAGCAGCCACUGGUUCAAAGAUCACGUUGCGUAUACAAUGGCGAAGUACGGGAUGUCGAUGUGUGUCCUUGGAAUGGCGGAAGAGUUCAGAUCCAAGCACGUGGCUGUAAAUGCCCUUUGGCCGAGAACUGCAAUAUACACAGCUGCUGUCCAGAUGAUUUGCGCAGACAAUAAGGAAAUCAUUCAAGAAUGUCGAAAACCGGAGAUAAUGGCCGACGCAGCUCACAAUAUUCUGACAAAAGACAGUAAAUCUUACACAGGGAACUUCGUAAUUGACGACCAAAUUCUCCGUGAUGCUGGGGUGACGGAUCUCGACAAAUAUGCCUGUGUACCCGGGGGGAAACUGUCUCUAGACUUUUUCCUGGAGGGAGACAUUCCGGGUCAAGAGCUCAUACAACCUGCUUAA